CUGGGCCGCUGCUGCACCCGGGAGGAGACCGCUUUGCGACCCGCGGAAGGGCGGCCCAGUCCGGACCUGGGGCAACUUUACGCGCCAGAGGAAGGCAGUUGGCGCCCGAGUCCGCAAAAGCUGAGCGCCAGUUCACCCGAGGAGCUCGGAGGCAGGACCGACGCGGGCCCCGCCGGGGUGUGGGGGGGAAGGGAGCCCCUAACUUCCAGAGAGCCGUCUCCCACCUUCUGCCGGAGCCUUCGGCAAGCUCGCCCGCUCGCUCCGGCCCGCGUCGCUCAUCUUCCCGGUGUUCCCACGGCCCGCGCCUCCCAGCGCCGGGUCCUCCCCCGGGGGGCAGGUUCAAUCCCCAGAGCCGGCCCCACGCCCGCAUCCUCCUCCCACUCCGCCCCGGGCAGCCGCAGCUAAAACCCCGGGCUACGCAGUGGGACUGUCUUCUCCUCUCCAGCCCGGGACAGGCUCUGCGCGCUCUUGCAAGGACCCAAGGUGUGAAGUCUCCAGGGGAGUUCUGAGCCGGGGAGAAGCUAUCCGGCCCAGUCCCGGGGCCAGACGGCGUCAUGGAGCCCCAGGGGGCGCUAAGUUUGGAGAAGCAGGGACCUGCGCUCUUUGGAGAGCCCCCGCCAGCCGAGGAGCUGCCCGCUUCGGGGGGCGACGGCGGCGGCGCGUCGGAGGCCCUUAGCCCCGACGCUGAGCCCUUGUCCGCGGAGGAAGAGGCCGUCCCCCAAGAGCCGGAGGAACUGUUGGAGUGCCGCCGCCGUCUCCCGCGUUCCUUCUCCCUGCCCGCGGACCCGAUCUUGCAGGCGGCCCAGCUGCUGCGCCAGCGCCAGCAGCUUGCCCUGGGGCUCGGCCCGGAGGGCGGCGAGCGGCCCGAGGGUCUGCCGGACGGCCCCUGCUGCGCUAAGUGCAAGAAGCGGGUGCAGUUCGCGGACGCGCUGGGGCUGAGCCUGGCCAGCGUGAAGCACUUCAGCGAGGCGGAGGAGCCGCACGUGCCGCCCUCCGUGCUCUCUCGCCUCCGCAGCUUCCCCAUGCGCGCCCAGGACCUGGAGCAGCUUCCCGGCCUCCUGGCCGCGGCGGCCGCGACCGCGCCCCUCUCUGCGCCGCCUCCCCGGCUUCGGCCUCUUUUCGAGCUUCCCGGGCCGAGCGCCGCCGCCGAGCGACUGCGUCGGCAGCGCGUGUGCUUGGAGCGCGUGCAGUGCUCGGCACCCUCGGGCACGGAGGUGACGGGCUCCGGCCGGGUGCUGGGCUGUCCCGGGCCGAGAGCCGUGGCGGUGCGCUACACCUUCACCGAGUGGCGCUCCUUCCUGGACGUGACGGCCGAGCUGCAGCCCGAGCCGCAGGCGGAGCCACUCCCGCCCUCGGCGCCGUCGGGGGGGCCCGGGGACGCCGAGGAGGAGCCGGGCGCCGAGCGCUUCCACUUCUCGCUGUGCCUGCCCCCCGGCCUGCAGCCCGAGGGGGGGGAAGCCGCGGACUCGCCGGGCGCCGCGGUCCACUUCGCCGUGUGCUACCGCUGCGCCCAGGGAGAGUACUGGGACAAUAACUCGGGGGCCAACUACACGCUGCGCUACGUGCGCCCCUCCGACGCGCUCUGAGGCCAAGGCCGGGCCCUAGGCCACGCGCCGCCCCAGAGCCACCGGGUGACCUGCGGGGACGUUUUGCUGAGCACCAUUCCCCGGGAAGGAAAGGAGGGAGCCGUUCAACGGUAAACUCUCAGCAGGACCGAUCCGGCGAGCGAGCCUCGGGAGCCCCGGCAAAGCACUGAAACUCCUCGUCCGUUUCCUCCUGCCGUAGGCCUUCCUCCGCUGCUUCUGGAAUUUUUGCCCUGCGUCAGAAUGGGAAGAAGUUUUCAAGACUCUGAGCUUUAGCUUCUUACAAGAAAAAGCCUUCUGACCCUUGCGCCCAGGAGUUAGACCUUGGGAUUUGUUUAAAACUGUAGACAAAGUGUUGUAGCCGUUGCUGCUUGCUGGAGAUGCCUGCGCCCCAGCCAAAGGACAGGCAUCCCGCCACAUCACGUCGGGGGAACGCGCUGGACCGUGGGCGUGACCAGGAGCCUUUGCACAGGGGCCUGUUUCUCUGAGAAAAGCGGUGGGGCCUUGGCUGGGCUGUCCAUUUCUUUUAGCUGCGAUCUGGGAGAUGUUUGCACAGACUGGACGUUACCUACUUGGGCCUUUGUGUACACAUGCCCUUUGAAAAAGUAAAGGGCCUUGCACACACUUUUACGCUGUACUUUAUAUUUCAGCUCCUGGGGAGUUUGGGAGGUCUUGACAGUCAGGUGAUCUUCCUCAUAUAGAUAAACAACAGUAUUUUCAAGUUUCCUUUCCCCAGUUCUUCCUCUCUGAUGUGGAAAGGCCCAGAUUUCCCAUUCUGGGCAAAAAUGUUCUUUAGAACGUUUUGUAGAAGGAUUCUGUCCCCUGCCAAAAUGAGGUGGUGGGCGAAUUGAAACACUACAGUAGUCCUGUGGACCUGGGGGAGCUGCAGCCACUGGCUGUGGGCAGAGCUGCAUAAUAGCUGCUAGACUUCUCUGGGCCUUUAGCAGCCAAAGAAGCUGGACUUCCCAGUGGUCGGGU